AUGAUCGUCGGUGGAUUGUUAUUUGGUACCAUAGCCGACCAGGGUGGACGUAAAAAUUCAAUUCCUAUUUCUAUGGUUACAAUAUUUUUGGCUUUACUUGGAUUUUCAUUCUCUCAAACUUAUUUUUUAAUUAAUUUUUUUGUUUUUAUGUUGGGAGUUGGAACCGCCGGAAGUAACACAACAAUCAGAGUUUACUUGAUUGAAUGUGUUCCCGCUAAAAAGAGAGGAAGUUCUUUAGUAAUCAUUGAUAUUCUAUGGAUUAUUGGCUAUGGAUUAUCACUAGGUUUAUCUUGGAUCUUAAUUCCAUCAAUAAUUAAUAUACUUGGUAAUGAAUUUCGUCCAAACUCCUGGCGAGUUCUUGUUGGAUUAGCAAGUGCGUCAUGUCUCAUAAUGGCAUACGCUUCUAGUCUACUUCCUUAUAGUCCAAGAUAUUUGCUGUAUCGCCGACGUCCACAGGAAGCUCUGAUUAUACUCCAACAAAUGUUUUCUAUCAACAAUUCUCAGCAUGUUAAUAAUUUCCCGUCAUGUAAUUUAAAUAAUUGUGUCAGACCAGAUGAUAACGAUAUUUACACUAAAUAUUUUUUUGAAAUUUUAAAACAGUUUUUGUUAAAAACAUGGAAGAGAUUAUCACUAAUUUACUCGCUAAAAUUUAUAAAAUAUACUUUAUUAUUUAACAUUAUUCGACUUUCCCUUUUCCCCAGUUUAAUAUGGAUCACACAAUGGGCGACUUACUUAUCAUAUGAAAAAAUUUACGCGUCAUCUUCUAAUAAAACUUGUUCGAUUAAUGUUGGAAAUAUUGCUCUACAUAUUUUAAGCGAUUGCCAUGAAAUUAAUAAUACACAUUUCGAGUACUCUCUUAUUUUUUUAUCAAGCUGCAUUUUAGGUGAAGUCUUGCUUUUUUUUUCAAUCGAUACUAUUGGCAGGCAAAUUUCAUUAGUUGUUUCUGGAUUAAUUGGUGGGAUAUCAAUUCUUGUAAUGAUCUACGGCAGUCAUCAAGACACCAAAAUUAUUUGGUUGAUGAUAGUUUUAGCAUCUUUCUCGAUUAUUUAUACAACUACUAAUAUUGAGUUAUUGGAGAAUUACCCAACAUCUGUAAGAGGAACUGUAUGGGGGUUCACAUUAAUAUUCCCGCAAUUAACGAUAUUUUUUAUAAAUUCUUUCGCCACAAUAUCAUGUUGGAUAAUAAUUUACGUAAUACUUGGUUCGCUAAUAGGUGCAGUAGUAGCAACUUUACCUAUAGCAGACUUAACGAACUCCUCGAUGAAAGAGUAAAGAUUUGAAAGACGUAUGUUUACUCUUUGAAAGAAUGUCCGGAGCAGAGAUG